CCCCACUUCGUAAUUUAUCCUUCGACACAUUAUUUCUUGUUGUCUUGUGAUAAAAGCUUUGGUCUUUCUUCUUCUUGCUCAUCUUCGCUGCUUUCACGCCCACAUUUACAUCCUCAAAAGAUGAGCCGACACCCGAUUGUGAAGUGGGCUCAGAGAUCAGACAAGGUGUAUGUGACUGUUGAUUUGCCUGAUGCUAAAGACGUAAAGCUCAAGCUGGAACCAGAUGGAAGAUUUAAUUUCUCUGCACACAAAGACGAAAUUCCCUAUGAAGUUGACCUGGAUCUAUUUGAUAAGGUCAAUGUUGAGGAGAGCAAAUACAAUAUUGGUGUAAGAAACAUAGUUUAUGUUAUAAAGAAAGCAGAGAAGGAAUGGUGGGAUAGGUUGAUCAAGCAGGAAGGAAAGCCUCCUGUGUUCGUCAAAGUUGAUUGGGAUAAAUGGGUUGAUGAAGAAGAAGAAAACGAGAGAGCAGGAAUGGACUUUGAUGACAUGGAUUUCUCGAAAUUAGACAUGGGUGGGGAUGAUUUUGAUAUGGAUGAUUCCAAGGAAGAGGAAGAAGAAAUCGAAACGAAAGAAGAGGACAGGCAGAAAGAGGCAGGAGAAACGGCUGCACCGGUGGCUGAGGAAGCUAAGGCUUGACUGCCUUGGAAAGACAGAAAGUUGAGACUCUUAUCGUUGACAAGAGCUGUGUGAAAGUGAGGUUUUCUAAACUCAAAAUUGCUGAAAUUGUGUGCCGUUUUCUUAGGUCUGGGCAUUCUCAAAUUGUGUCUUGUCUUAGUUAGGUACAGGCAUUUUCGCAUCAGCUUGUAUGCUAUGCCUUCCGAAGCAGGUCCUAACAUUAAGGACCCGUUCUGUUUAAAAAAACACUUUCUAGGGUCAUGAUAUUAUGAUAUAUCUUGUUUAGCCUGUAAACUCUUCUCUCUGUUUUUUUUUUUAAACUGGGAAAUUUGUAUUAAGUUUGCAGCCUUUUGGAAACAAACAUCAUGUUGUGGUGAAUGGACUCAACGAAUUCCCCAUCUAUGAAAAAUG